GUGCACCCGUAGACUGAGGGAGGGCCUGGCUCGUGGCGGCCAUCGUGCUAGGGGCGUGGACAAUCACCACGAUGGUCGGGUCGGGGGCGGCGGAGGAGGAAGCUCCACCGUGGGCACCCUGUCGGAGGACGGGGGACCCGGACUGGGAGCGAGGAGAUGCAGGCAGCUUCCUGGAGUUGCUGCAUGCCGGCGGCAAGGGUCGCCACCUGCGCCUAGAACAAGAAGGAGGAAGAGGAAGGGUGAAGGUCGGGGAGGAGGAGGAGGGGGAGGAGGAGGAUGAAGCCGAUGUGGAGAAAGAGGAGGAGGAAGAGGAGGGGUUCAAGACAUGGACGUGGGGGAGGAGGAGGAUGAAGCCGAUGUGGAGAAAGAGGAGGAGGAAGAGGAGGGGUUCAGAACAUGGACGUGGGGGAGGAGGAGGAGGAGGAGACGAGGGAAGAGGAAGACGAAGAAGAAUGAUGAAGGAGAAGAAGAAUGGGGAGGAAGAGGAGGAUGACGAGGAGAUCGAGAAGGAUCAAGAGGAAGUGGAUGUGGAGGUGGCCGAGGAGGUGGAAGAGGAGGAGGAGGAGGAGGAGGAGGAGGAGGAGGAGGAGAAGAAGAAGAAAUGCAGCCACAACGGGAAAGCCAUGAUUUGGCUCAUAUUACUUUUUUGACCAAGUGCACCGAACAAAAGCUCUUGAUGAAU